GAUCAUUGUAUAGCUUUGCUGUGGUCAUGAUGGUUCCAAUAUCUAAGCGUGAGAAGCCUUGAAGCUGUCUUAUUCAUUUCCCCGGAUAAUGCCGAUGCAGGAUGCAUCUCGGGGAAAUGGUUGUUCGUUGAUCUCGGGGGAGCAAUACCCCGAGCAGUUUCCUAUCCGAGGAUAUUCGCGCAAUGAUUCCGGCUUCAAAUACGAUCAAUUCCCUUCCUUCUCGCGAAUAGUGGAGUACUUCUGGUUAACUCUGCCUCUCCUAACGCCGUCUGUUCUUAACACCCGCUACAACGUCCUGCUUUUCUCACCAUGGGUUCUACAACUGCUUCUUCUUUCCCCCGCAUCAAGGAAGUGCGGACAUUCCUCAUCGAUGGAGUUGGAUCUGGAGGUGACUACCAUAAUGUCAAAGGCGGUCAUUGGUUAAUCGACAGCAACAUUUCUACUCCUAUGACGCGAUGGGCGCAAUAUCGUGGCUCGAGAACUUCAUGGGGAAUCAAUGUUCUGGGUUCCUUCUGUGUGGAGGUGGAAGCCACUGAUGGAACCAAGGGCUUUGCGACGGGUUUCGGUGGUCCUCCGGCAUGCUGGCUGGUCCAGAAGCACUUUGAACGAUUCUUGCUCGGUGCAGACCCCCGAGACACAAACGACCUCUUCGAGAAGAUGUAUCGUGGUUCCAUGUUCUACGGCCGCAAGGGCCUCCCGGUGGCAGUCAUCUCGGUGAUCGACCUGGCAAUCUGGGAUCUCUUGGGAAAGAUUCGUAACGAGCCGGUCUACAAACUUAUCGGUGGUACUACUCGUUCGCGGCUUGACUUUUACUGCACCGGCCCACAACCUGCAGCAGCCAGAGACAUGGGCUUCUCUGGAGCCAAGGUAGCCCUGCCUCAUGGCCCCGAUGAGGGAACAGAAGGAUUGUUGAAGAAUGUUGACUACCUUCGCAAGCAACGAGAGAGUGUUGGUCCCGACUUCCCGCUGCGCGUGGAUUGCUACAUGUCCUUGAAUGUGCCCUACACUAUCGAGCUCGUUAAGCGAUGCGAAAAAGAAGGCAUCGACAUUGACUGGUGGGAAGAGUGUCUCACUCCCGACGACUUCGACGGCCACGCCCUGCUCAAGCGGGCCCAUCCCACCGUCAAGUUCACUACCGGCGAGCACGAGUUCUCGCGCUAUGGCUUCCGGAAACUGGUUGAAGGCCGCAACCUCGACAUCCUCCAACCCGAUGUCAUGUGGGUGGGUGGUAUGACUGAGCUUCUCAAGGUCUCUGCCCUUGCCGCUGCUUAUGACCUCCCCGUUGUUCCUCAUGCAUCCGGGCCUUACUCGUACCAUUUCGUGGUCUCUCAACCCAACACUCCAUUCCAGGAAUACUUGGCCAACUCGGCUGAUGGACGGAGUGUCGAGCCUGUCUUUGGAAACCUCUUCUUGAACGAGCCCAUUCCCAGCAAAGGCUACCUUGAUGUCUCUAUCUUGGACAAGCCGGGAUUCGGUUUGGAGCUUAACCCGGCAGCUCCUUUGAUUCCUGCUGCUUCGAUUCUUACUCCGGCGCCUCAGAAGAGUCUUGCAGCACCGACUGAUGAGCAAAAUGCCAACAGCGAUAGGCAUUAGAUCCUGUGCUUACCAUUUACUGCUGAACGGAAUUCUACUUUGAGCUCUUAUAGAUGUAUCUACUGUGUCUUGUCAUUCCUUGUUAUAGCUACUCACCCCUGUAUGUUAUGAAAAUUUACAACCUACAUUCCAG